AAGGCUGGGACUUCAGCGGCAGAAAAGGAGCCCGAGCUCCAUCAGCUGCUGCAGCCACCGCGCCCCGACCCAAGAUGAGCGGAAGAGUCGGUGACCUGAGCCCCAAGCAGAAGGAGACUCUGGACAAGUUUCGGGAGAAUGUCCAGGAUGUGCUGCCCUCCCUGCCGAAUCCAGAUGACUAUUUUCUCCUGCGCUGGCUCCGAGCAAGAAGCUUCGACCUGCAGAAGUCUGAGGCCAUGCUCCGGAAGCAUGUGGAGUUCCGAAAGCAGAAAGACAUUGACAACAUCAUGAGCUGGCAGCCUCCAGAGGUGGUCCAACUGUAUCUGUCAGGAGGCAUGUGUGGCUACGACAAGGAGGGCUCUCCCAUCUGGUAUGAUAUCAUUGGACCUCUGGAUGCCAGGGGUCUGCUCCUCUCAGCCACCAAACAGGACUUGCUGAAGACCAAGAUGCGGGACUGCGAGCUGCUUGCGCAGGAGUGCAACCGCCAGACCGAAAAGAUAGGGAAGAAGGUGGAUUCCAUCACCAUGAUUUAUGACUGUGAAGGGCUUGGCCUCAAGCAUCUCUGGAAGCCUGCUGUGGAGACCUAUGGAGAGUUUCUCUGCCUGGUUGAGGAUAAUUAUCCUGAAACACUGAAGCGUCUCUUUGUUAUCAAAGCCCCCAAGCUGUUUCCUGUGGCCUUUAAUCUCGUCAAACACUUCCUGAGUGAGGACACUCGUAAGAAGAUCAUGGUCCUGGGGGAAAACUGGAAGGAGGUUUUACUGAAAUAUGUCAGCCCUGACCAGGUGCCUGUGGAGUAUGGGGGCACCAUGACUGACCCUGAUGGAAACCCCAAGUGCAAAUCCAAGAUUAACUAUGGGGGCGAUAUUCCCAAGAAGUAUUAUGUGCGAGACCAGGUGAAACAGCAGUACGAGCACAGUGUGCAUGUUUCCCGUGGCUCCUCCCAUCAAGUAGAGUAUGAGAUCCUCUUCCCCGGCUGCGUCCUCAGGUGGCAGUUCAUGUCAGAAGGCUCGGAUAUCGGUUUUGGGAUUUUCUUGAAGACCAAGAUGGGAGAGCGACAGAAGGCAGGGGAGAUGACAGAGGUGCUGCCCAACCAGAGGUACAAUGCCCACCUGGUGCCUGAGGACGGAACCCUCACCUGCAGCAAUCCUGGCAUCUAUGUCCUGCGGUUUGACAACACCUACAGCUUCAUUCAUGCCAAGAAGGUCAAUUUCACUGUGGAGGUCCUGCUUCCAGACAAAGCUUCAGAAGAGAAGAUAAAACAACUGGGGGAAGUCACCCCAAAGUAACGGCUCCUCCCACAGAAGGCCUGGCUCCCUCAGUGUCUCCCUGUCAGUUUCUAUCCCGUGGAGCAGUCAUUUUCCCAGCACCCUGGCACCAAAUGAAACUGGGCUAGAAAGACUCAGCUGAAUCUGGGGAGCUAUGAUUUCAGAAUCAGGAAGAGGAAGCAUAGCAGGAGUGGGUCUCCUUGCUUUUCAAGUUACAGAGUCCCCAGGGGCUGGGCACUGUGAUGGGAUCUAUUUGUCCUACAAGCUGUGCCAGUGUCACCUACCUAUGACAGCUGAGACAGGAAGGACGUACCAUAGCGUGGCAGCAGGGAAGAAAUUAGAGAAGGGGAGAGAUUGAGACUUAACAUUUCAGGGAAGCCAGAAGCAGGGGAGGAAUGUACAGCCAAAUGAACGUGUGAGAUUUGAUCAUAAUGAGGAGCAGCAAGGUACCCAAUUGCUAGAGUUAUUUUGGGGGUUAGAGGCUCUUCUAAACUUUCUAUCACUGAGGUGGGAUCUUUCGGCUUUUCCCAGGCCUCGGAAGAUGGUCUAGAGUCAGCACCAACCUUUCCACUCAGGGGUCAACAGGCAGGUCUUUCCCUUACCUUGGGAACUUCAGCAACUCCUGGGUACCACCUGCUGCUGCUGCUGUAAUUACUAAUAAUUGUCAUUGAUUCAGAGCUUCCUGGGACAGUGAGCUUUGGUUUGGUACCCAGCCACUGUCCUCCAAUGCAAACAAAGCACGGGGAAGUUACCUCCAGGGAUCUCAGCUCUGGGAAGGGAAGGGAAGAGAGGCUGGGAUGGAUGUUGAGUCCUGAGGCUUCCACUCUUUUGUUCAGUGUCACCAGCCUCCCAUCAAGUAACUCUUCAUUUGAUUACCCACACAAAAAUGAUCAGUGGGAUUCAGACAGAAGAACUCAGUGAGGGCAUUGGCCAGCCUAAGUUUUCCACGGUGCCCCCCAACCUGCUUCCUGACUGACCUGAGCAAAGUCUUGGCAGUCCCAUCUCUGUGGGAAGCAUACGGUGGGUGCUAUGGGUUCCUAAUGCUUGGUAGGGUCAGCAUCUGACAGAGCCAAGGGCUGGGGGCAACCACAAAUAGCCUCGCAGGUUCCCUGGCCGCUCCACCCACGGUGACAAGCAGGGAUCGCUCAGCUACUAGGAGAUGGAGGGAGAUGGACCCUGUGGGCAACCACAGCACUUAUCACAAUCCCACAUCCUGCAAACGCAAACCAGGCCCUGGGCUGCACAGGUGCUCAGAACGCGAAAAGGCGGCCCAGCCUGGGGAGCUGGACUGGCGAAGCUGAGGGAGCAGGAGGAGGGGGCCCGAGGCUGAAUGGGCCCCAGCCAGAACCCUCAGGAGGACAUCCCAACCUUGGUUUACAACGCUCUGUUAGGAAAAUUAACCAAUGAAUAAAGCAACGUUCAG